AUGCAAGAAGUCAAACCUCCAAGAGAAUCUUUGGUCAAAUACGAGAAUCCCAUUGAAGUCAGCAAUGCUAAUGAUGCCUCCAGAGGACUUUAAGGAAAAAAGAAAGCUUAGUUAUCUCCUUUAGAGUCAAAGCCAAAUACAGAAGACAUUUUGAAUGCUAUUUUGCCACCAAUUGAAUGGGAUCAUGAAGGAAAACAUUAUAUACAGUAUGUGUCACAUGUGGCGGCUACCAGAGAAGAUGUUGGCAAUUUACAAAAACUCUUGGAUGAACGAUUAUUAGCUCGAUAAGCCAGAGAAACUGGUAUUUGUCCAAUAAGAGAAGAAUUGUUGAGUCAAUGUUUUGAUGAAAUCAUCAGAUAAGUUACAAUCGAUUGUCCUGAAAGGGGCUUAUUAUUGAUGAGAGUGAGGGAUGAACUCAAGAUGACUAUUGCAGCAUAUUAAACCUUAUACAAUUCUUCAGUUACUUUCGGAAUGCGAAAAUAAUUAUAAGCUGAAAUGGGCAAAAGUGAAUUAGAAGAAAAGAUUGUCUAGUUGGAACAGAGGAAAUAGAAAUUGGAGGAGAAAAGAAUCGAUUUACUUAAUAAGAAGGAUUCGUUGGAUAAAAAGAUUAAGGAGAGAAAUCAAAUUGAAGAAUAAAAAAGGAAAUAGGAAAUAGAAUUCCUCAAAUAUUAAGGACAACAUUUGGAAGCUUUCCUUAAAUCGGUUUAGCCAGAAUUGAAAUGA